UACUGGCCGGAACCUGCUAGAAUCAUGAAAGUACAACAGAUGGUCACAUCGCUGUUCUGCUAGAAUAGAGGGAUAAAAUGGCGGACACUCUCGCGUGCAUUGCCGCGCGGCCGCCGCCGCCUUGAUCUCCCGGCUCCCGCCAGCUCCGCGCCGGGUGAGACCAGAUCCAGCACCUCCAUCACGCGCUCUCUCUUCUCCUCCAGUUUUCUUCCCGUUCAACCGCCUGAGAUGGCUCCCCAUGCUCCGACGAAGACAGCGGCCGCCUCGGCCUCUCUGGCACCUCCUGCUGCCGCCGGCCACGCUCCGACGACGGAGGCCGCCCCGGCCUCGCUGGAUCCUCCAGCUGCUGGGAUGCCUCGUGCUGCCGGCGCCGUCCCCGCCCCCGCCCGUCUGCCACAGCCAUCUUCGCACGGCCUGGCCGCGUCCUCCCUCGCCUCCCGCAAGGCCGACCUGACCGCGCGAGGACGGGUGGGCUCGCCCCUGCUGCCGUCCACGCGGAGGUCACCAACGCCUACCACGCCACCCGCUGUUGCGGUUGGAGGCGACGGUCACGUCUCCGACAUGCGGGCUGGGAGGCUGUCGGUUGUUUCAAGCUCUUCUGACAGUUUGGGCAUGGUGCGGCCUUCGUGGAGCUCCCUCGACAAGGAUGCCGAUGACCACGUCGAAGAUGGCGUUGAGCUUGCCCCGCAGACACCACGGGCUCCCAAGUGCUCUAGCGAGGUGAGCGCGCUGCCGAACUGGGCUGCUCCGACUACUCCAGCCUCGUCCGCUGCUGCUCUGGCUGCCGUUGCCCUCGCCUCCCGGAAGGCCGACCCGGCCAUUGGUGGCUGUAGGACUUGCGCUCAUCGCCUCCCAUGGACUGUGGCAGUGACCAAUCAGGCAUCCCUGCCCGCCAUUCCUGACGAGAUGACGCCAGAGAAGUUGGAGUCUCCUCUGUUUGUUCCAUCUUCAGUGUCUGCUUGCAAGGGCCUCUCUGCCGCCGCUGCCACUCUUGAAGAUGAGGCGGGCUGGGAGCAUGUUGGUCGGGGGCGCCGAUCCGACGGAGGCACUCCCCUCGAGCCGUUGCGGGAAGGGCUCGAGCGUAGCCUCGCCUUCAAGCAUUGGGCUCGAGGAAGAUGCUACCGUUGCCUUGUGCGUGGCCACCAAGUGAGUGCAUGCCAUGGACCAUUCAGAUGCAUUCGUUGUCGUCGCCCUGGUCAUAGGGAGAGAUUAUGUUGUGCUCGCUCUCCGGUUGCUCCAGAUCGCUCUCCGGUUGCUCGAGAUUGCUCUCCAGUCGCUCGCGUUGGCUCUUCGGUCACUCGCGCUCCAUGCCAGCCGAGCCGCUCCCCGUCCGUCCAGGCUUGUACUUCGCUGACUAGGAGUUGGGCAGAGGUCGUGGGCCGUUCGUCGUUGCGUGUGUCGGUGCCGCCAAGGUCCCAAUCUGGGUGUUGUAAGGAUUCCAAUGUCAGUGUCUUUUUGGACUCUACUUUUGAAUCCCAGCUUGCCUUGCUUCGUACGGAGCUCCUUCAAAAGAUUGAGUUGUUUCGCACUGAGCUUCACGACGCACUUGCCAAACUUGAGGUUGUGUCGGUUGUGCCUUUGUUGCCUGAGCUCCCGAUUGGUUCCAUUGAGGAGGCUGAAUGCCUCUUCGGAGAUUUUUCUCCUCAUGCUCUACAUGUGACGCCGUCUUCCCCGGUGAGUGGGGUCACCUCCGAGGUUGUGGCUCCAGUUAUGCAGAUUAUGCCUGAGUUGCAGGAGCUUUGUGGGGAAUCAUCUAUGGUGUUACCGAUGGAGCUGGGCUCAUUGGAGUCCUUGGUGGUGGCCAUGACACCCUCGCUACCUCAGUCGCCCGCCUUUGCGAACAAUGGAGACUUGGUUGGUUCUAUCACUGCCUCAUCUAUGGCCAUUGGGCAUGUGGCGUCUUUGAGUGGAGAGGUUGAUGAGACAUGUGUGUUGGCACCUAACUCUGAGCAAGUGGAGACGCCUGAGUCCAUCGUGUCAGUGAUACCUAUGACUGAUGAUGUUGAGGCGGUUGGUACAUUGGCGCCCGAUCCUUCUGAGCCCAACCAACAGCUCGCCCGUGUGGAGCGUGGAGGCUCCGAUGUUGCGGGCACCCACUCGCACGUGAUUGUUGGGCAGGUUUCUAUGCGUGACAAGGUCAAUGAGAUUCUUUUUCAGAUAGAGCUUCACAGCUUGCUCAAACGUUUGGAGAGGAUGAGCCCUGGAUCUGGCAAGGCGAUUGUGGAGGAGGCUCUCACGAGCAAAGGAAAGAAGAGUGGCGUCAUAGAAAAGGCGUCCGCAACUACUUGAUGGAUGGUUAUCAGUCUAUUGGGUUGUCCUUAUGGUUUGACUUGUCUUCGUUGAUUUGGGUGUGCCCGUGGUCUUCGGCCGAGUUACUCUUGUUAGGGUGUCUUUGCGAUGUAUUGGUGGCCGUUAGGUGUUGGGUUUGGUUGUCAGGUUCGAAGCCCUGAGAGUAGUCUACGUGUGGUUGGCCUGUAUCGGUUUUCGCCCGGUUUUCCAUUAAUUAACUGGGCAAUUUUCUUCUGCUUAAUUAAUCGAUGAGGCAAAUCUUUUGCCUCCGUUUCAAAAAAAAAACAGAUGGUCACACAGUAGGAUUAGGAUGACCAAAGUGCCUACUCAUGCACCCACGCCGUUGAAAUCAAACCUAGAGCAAUACUCCAUCCGUUCCUAAAUAUAACUCUUUUUUAUAAAUUUUAAAUAAACUGCUAUGUACGGAUGUAUAUAGACUAAUAGACAUAUUUUAGAGUGCUUCAUAUGUAGUCUUUUAUUGGAAUUUCUAAAAGGACUUCUCCAACCCGCCCACACGCCUGGAUCACCGUCAAUUCAAACU